AUGGACGGGAACAUAACAUCAUUGCAUGAAUUAGUUCAAGAAGAUCGACUUGUUCUCGAUAGAGUUAUUUUGAAUUGUUUUAACGAAACUCCUCUGCAUGUUGCAGCACUGCAUGGCCAUGUAGAAUUUGUGAAAGAAAUUGUAGCUCGAAACCCCGAGCUUGCUGGAGAAUUAAAUUCUCAACGAAUGUCCCCCCUUCACUUAGCAUCGGCUAAAGGGCACGUUGAGAUAGUAAAAGCACUAUUGUUGGUUAAUCGUGAGAUGUGUCUUGCUCGUGAUCGAGAUGGUAGAAACCCCCUUCAUCUAGCAGCCAUCAAAGGCCGAGUCAGUGUCUUGAAAGAGUUGGUUCAAGUCAGACCAGACGCUGCUCGAGCAAAAUUUGAUCAGGGUGCAACCAUACUGCAUGUGUGUGUGCAUCAUGAUCAAAUAGAGGCACUAAAGCUAUUGCUGGUGACUUUGAACGAUCACGAAUUUGCGAAUUGUAAGAACGAGCGUGGCAACACCAUAUUACAUCUAGCCGUCGCGGAUAAACAAAUUGAGAUGAUAAAGUAUUUGCUUUCGUGUGCCAAAAAUAUUGAUGUGAACGCGAUUAAUGCAAAUGGGUUCACGGCAUUCGAUAUUUUAGAACAAAGUCAGAGAGAUGUGAAGGAUUUUGACAUCGGAAAGUACCUUCAAGAAGCUGGAGCCUUGAGAGCCAAAGACACGGCUUUAGCGGCUAGUAACGAAAAUCGAACCAUUAGGCCAAAUGGCAUGCCCUUUUUUGUACAUGAUAAUGAUAAAUGGAAUGCUCCAAAAAGCAUUUUCACAGAUCAGGGUGAAUGGCUGGAUAAGAAGCGGAACUCAUUAAUUGUGGUGGCAUCGCUUAUCGCAACAAUGGCAUUCCAAGCUGGGGUGAGCCCUCCAGGUGGUGCUUGGCCAGACAAUGUCAGCAACAGUACUGAUACAAAUCAGACAGACUCACAUAGAGCAGGGGAAGCUAUAAUGGCAUAUAACUAUCCAGAUUCAUAUCCAAUUUUUCUCCGUGCUAAUACGAUAGGUUUUGUUGCAUCUCUGAGCACAAUCUUGUUGCUUAUAAGCGGAUUGCCCUUCAAGCGGAAGAUUUUUAUGUGGAUUUUGAUGGUGAUCAUGUGGUUGACAGUGACAGCAAUGGCAGUAACUUAUGUUAUAGCAAUUGUGGUUGUCACACCAAAAAGGGAAAGACCACCACUCACUGGUGUAAUUGUAGUUGCAGUCAUAGUAUGGGGUGUCUUGAUAUCGCUGCUUCUGCUAGGAAACACAAUUCGUUUGAUAGGAAGGGUACCAUUGACCUGCCUUGGGAAAUUUCUAUUGCCGCAAAGAACUUCUUUUUGUACAGUUUAUGGAAAAAAUAGCAAUGGAGACCGAGAAGCUCACCGAAACCAGUUGAGAUAA